AACUGGCUAGAAGAUAGCAGGGGAACUGGAGAGCUUGGUCGUGCUCCGCGGAUUAGCACAACACAGAUCUAUCAGCAAGACUGUUGAAAGCCUGAGUGUCCAAGAUGCCCGUCCCUCCCCCUCCAGCACCCCCACCGCCCCCAACAUUUGCGCUGGCCAAUACAGAGAAGCCCUCCUUGAAUAAGACGGAGCAGGCUGGAAGAAAUGCUCUUCUCUCUGACAUCAACAAGGGGAAGAAACUGAAGAAAACAGUCACCAAUGACAGAAGCGCACCGAUACUGGACAAACCUAAAGGAGCCGGUGCUGGUGGCGCUGGUGGGGGCUUUGGUGGAGGUGGCAGUGGUGGCGGUGGCAGUGGCAGCAGUGGUGGAAGUUUUGGAGGCGGUGGCCCCCCAGGUUUGGGAGGACUGUUCCAGGCUAGAAUGCCGAAGCUGAGACCCACGGCCAACAGGGAUAACGAUUCUGGAGGAAACCGGCCACCAAUUUUGCCACCAGGAGGAAGAUCCAUGGCUGCCAAACCUUUUUCACCUCCAAGUGGCCCAGGGAGGUUUCCUGGGCCUUCUCCUGGCCACAGAAGUGGUCCCCCAGAGCCACAGAGGAACCGAAUGCCGCCCCCAAGGCCCGACGUGGGCUCAAAGCCCGACAGCAUCCCCCCUCCUGUACCUAACACACCCAGACCCAUCCAAUGAAGUCUGCACAACCGGGGGUCCCCGCCAGUGCCUGGGGCCCCCAGACAGCCUGCGCCUGGGCCUACUCCUCCCCCUUUCCCAGGAAACCGAGGUGCUGCCUUUGGAGGAGGCUCCAUUCGCCAGACACCCUCAGGCUCUUCCUCGCCCUUCUCCAACAGGCCACCACUGCCCCCAACCCCUGGCAGAGCCUUGGACGACAAGCCACCCCCUCCACCUCCUCCAGUGGGCAACAGGCCCUCCAUCCACAGGGAAGGAGCUCCACCUCCUCCCCCGCAGAACAACAAGCCUCCGGUGCCUUCCACCCCAAGGCCUUCGCCCUCUUCACAGGCCCCACCUCCACCACCACCACCCAGCAGGCCCGGCCCUCCACCCCUGCCUCCAGGUUCCAGUGGCAAUGAUGAAAUCCCAAGACUCCCACAGCGGAAUUUGUCCCUCACUUCGUCUGCACCUCCCUUACCUUCGCCAGGACGCUCAGGCCCUCUUCCUCCCCCACCCAGUGAGAGACCCCCGCCUCCAGUGAGGGACCCACCAGGCAGAUCAGGUCCCCUCCCACCACCUCCUCCAAUAAGCAGAAAUGGCAGCACGACCCGGGCCCUGCCUGCCACCCCUCAGUUGCCGUCCAGAAGUGGAAUAGAUAGCCCCAGGAGUGGGCCCAGGCCUCCUCUUCCUCCUGACAGGCCUGGGGCUGGGGCACCUCCCCCACCUCCACCAUCAACAUCAAUUAGAAAUGGCUUCCAAGAUUCUUCAUGUGAAGAUGAGUGGGAAAGCAGAUUCUACUUCCAUCCGAUUUCUGAUUUGCCACCUCCAGAACCAUAUGUACCAACGACCAAAACUUAUCCCAGUAAAUUGGCAAGAAAUGAAAGCCGAAGUGGAUCCAACAGAAGAGAAAGGGGUGCGCCGCCUCUUCCUCCCAUCCCAAGGUGAUCUUUGCCUGCUCUUCCAUACCCAGGCUCAAGAGCUGCUUCUGUGUUGCUGUCCAAGAAUUACACAUCUUCCUCCCCUUUUCUUCCUUUGUCCCCUUCCUAUUGAAGGAGAGAAGAAGGUAGAGUGAGGUGGGAAUACGUGUGCAUAGGAGUGGGACUCUGGUGAAGAAAUGCACCUAGCUUCUUAUAUUGUGUAUAUUCUCAAAGCUAAUGCUUGCUUCAGCCUGCCAGUGUUGGCUGCUGGGGGUCGAUAGGCUUUUGUGGCAAGUAGACAGAAAUGAAUUGUAUCCCAGCUUUCAACCAUCCAAAUGCAAAGAUUCACUGCUUAUUUGCUACAGACUAUAAUUAUCCAAGUCCUCAAGAGCUGUUUUCUUCCACGCCUUUCUCCUAUGCUUGGCCUCUUGUCUGUUUCCAUGAACCACAGAUCACCUAAGCAAGUUGCUGAGCAAGAGCUCACAUGAAACUUCUGCGGCUAUAGGAUGUCCAGUAUUUGGCAGUCUGAAGUAGGCUGUAGGACUGAGCUCUCCAAUGGAAAUAUAAUGUGAGCCCCCUAGACAAGUUCAAAAUUUCUUGUAGAAACAUUGUUUUAAAACGGUAAAAAGAAGCAGAUGAAAUGAAUUGUAAUAUAUUUUAUUUAACCCAAUGCAUCCAAAAUAUUGUCAUUUCAACCUGCAAUCAAGAUAAAAAGUACUGAGGUAUUUUCCAUUCUCUUUUUUCUUUGGAAAUAAGUCGUCAAAAUCCAGUCGUCUGUUUUACACUUACAGCACAUCUUGAUUUGGACUGGACACAUUUCAGUAGCUCAAUAGCCAUUUGUGGUUGUUGGCUGCCAUCUUGGACAAUACCAGUCUAGAAGAUGGAAACUAAUGUAAAAAUUUCUUGCUCUAAAAACAAAACAGGCACAACAAGCUUUAACAACUCAAGGUAACAAAAUGAAGUUAAAGCCCAACAUUCUGUUCAGCAGACAGUUUGACCUUAGAUUUUUGUGUCCUUAGUUUCCCUCUUCCCUUAAUAUCUGUGCACAAGUGUUGCUUCACCAUACCGAGAUCAGAAAGUGAUCUAAUACAGUUUACAUUCACAUGGAAUAAAGCCAUUGGAAAGAAACUGAAAGCCUGCUGGGGCUUUGGGGCCCAGAACCAGCUGGCUGUGUGCUCGCUUGUCAGCUGGACUCCUGCCUGCUUCCUGGAUCUGAGGCUGCCUUUGUUUUUUCUCGGCCUAGCAAGCUCCUCAGGGCCAGGAGAGGCUAAUAAGGCCUGGCAGGAAAGGAAGAAAGUCAAAUCAGAAACAUGGAGGAAGGGAAUAGAUUUGAGUUGAUGGGCAAAACUCUAAGACACGAAAACCGAUGCUUAAGGGGCAGGAAAUUCCCAGUAGAAAUUGAGGGGCAUUUGUUUUGACUCUGUACAUAGAAAUCAUUUAGAUCUAUGCAAAUACAGCUCCACUAAAGGACCAUAGGGAAGAGCCAGUCAGCCUUGCCUUUUUUAUACAAUUUUGUUUACAAAGUUUUACUGGGACUUUUAAAUCUAGCUCUAGAAUUUGAGGGGGGAAAUUCCAUUUAGAUGUUUUUAUAUGGUUGAUCAUGUUUAAAAUUAUCAUUACUUAUUUUUUAAAAGCAUACAGCCAUGUAUGUAUAUAUCUACCUAAACUUUGUAUUAUGGUUUCAAUGUAUUAUUCAUGUAUUACUAGGAGAUGCUAACAAGGAUCAAUCCAAAGAAAAAUUUGAAAAAGCAUUUCUAUUUAUAGAAUAAAUAAUUGUGUCAUUUAUAGAAAAGCAAAAGAACUUAGAGUUCUAAUAAAUGGGAUGUCUAAUAAAUUAUAAAGUUACUGAUUUGAAUAUAUUGUAUUUUUAUAACUUUCCUUGCCAAAGUACUGUGCUUAAUUGGUACAUUAAAAAACUUGUUUUUUCCUCUGU